CUCUCUCUCUCUCCUUCCAGGGCGCGGAGAGGGAGGUCCAGCUCCGCUCAGCUGUUGUCGGCUGCCGUCGCCCGUGCCGCUUUCGAGAGGGGUCUCCGCGAUUCAGCCGGGUGGUAUUUAUUUUUAAUCCGCCAGGGAAGGACCAUGGCUCUGUGACAGAGCAUCUGCUUCUCAUGCAAAAGGUCCCGGGUUCGAUUUCUCGGCAUCUUAGCCCUGCAACCCUGGAGAGCUGCUGCUGGACAGUCAAAGGCCUGACAAGGUGCAAGGCAGUGUCCUGCGUCCGUACAGUGCAUGACGAACUCGGUUGCAUCAGACGGAAGGGCCAUCUCCCAUCCAGCGUUUCUUCUCACAGCGGCCAGCCAGAUGCCUCUUAUGGGAAGCCUGAGAGCAGGACCCGGGUGCAGCAGCGUGCCUGUUGCCCUUUUCACUCUUUGCCGACGGUCCCUGGAAACUCCCUUGCUCCACUUUGUUUUUCUGUUGCCAUGGGGAUCGCAUCCUCCAAGGACGACUCUGCCUCUGCGAAAAAUGAGGAGGCCUCUGUUCCCUUCAGCAUGACGGACGUGCUCCUCUUCUCCAUUAUCAUCGGCCUUUUGACGUACUGGUUCUUCUUCCACAAGAAGAAAGAAGAGGUCCCGGAGUUUGCAAAAAUCCAGGCACCAGCACCAGGGCAGUCGGCCAACGAAGGCAGCUUCAUUGAAAAAAUGAAGAAGACGGGAAGAAAUAUUGUGGUAUUUUAUGGCUCUCAGACAGGGACUGGUGAAGAAUUUGCCAACCGCCUUGCUAAAGACGCCCAUCGGUACGGGAUGCGAGGCAUGUCUGCCGACCCAGAAGAGUACGACCUGGCCGACUUGAGCCGCGUUUCUGAGAUCGAUAAAUCGCUAGCUGUCUUCUGCAUGGCCACCUAUGGAGAAGGGGACCCCACGGACAAUGCCCAGGAUUUCUAUGACUGGCUGCAAGAAACAGAUGUGGACCUAUCCGGCCUCAAAUACGCUGUGUUUGGGCUGGGGAACAAGACCUACGAGCAUUUCAACGCUAUGGGGAAAUACGUGGACAAGAGGCUGGAAGAGCUGGGAGCCCAGCGGAUCUUUGAGCUCGGCCUGGGAGACGACGACGGGAACCUGGAAGAAGAUUUCAUCACGUGGCGGGAGCAGUUCUGGCCAGCAGUGUGUGAACAUUUUGGUGUGGAAGCCACGGGAGACGAAACCAGCAUCCGCCAGUAUGAACUGCAUGUCCACACGGACAUUAAUGAAAACAAGAUCUACACGGGUGAAAUGGGCCGCCUCAAGAGCUAUGAGUGUCAAAAACCGCCGUUUGAUGCUAAGAAUCCCUUCCUGGCGCCUGUUACCGUGAACCGGAAACUGAACCAGGGCGGUGAGCGACACCUCAUGCACUUGGAACUUGACAUCAAUGGCUCCAAAAUCAGGUACGAAUCCGGAGAUCACGUGGCUGUAUAUCCGGCCAACGACACUUCGCUGGUGAACCAGCUGGGUGAAAUCCUUGGUGCGGAUUUAGAUACGGUUAUGUCUCUAAACAAUCUGGAUGAGGAAUCCAACAAGAAGCACCCGUUCCCGUGCCCCACCUCAUACCGCACAGCCCUGACCUACUACUUGGAUAUCACGAACCCGCCCCGCACCAACGUCCUCUACGAGCUGGCGCAGUACGCCACGGACGCCAGCGAGCAGGAGCGCCUGCGCAAGAUGGCCUCUUCCUCUGCUGAAGGCAAGACGAUGUACCUUAGCUGGGUGGUCGAAGCCCACAGGAACAUCCUGGCCAUCUUGCAGGACACGCCCUCCCUCCGGCCGCCCAUUGACCACCUCUGUGAGCUCUUGCCUCGCCUGCAGGCACGCUACUAUUCCAUCGCUUCCACAUCCAAGGUACAAGCCAACUCCAUCCACAUCUGUGCCGUCUUGGUGGAGUACACGACCAAAACGGAGCGGGUCAACAAAGGGGUGGCUACCAGCUGGCUGAAGAACAAGCAGCCCAACGAGAAUGGGCACAAGUCCACGGUGCCCCUGUACGUCCGGAAAUCUCAGUUCCGACUGCCUUUCAAGGCCAGCACUCCGGUCAUCAUGAUUGGCCCUGGCACCGGCAUCGCACCCUUCAUGGGCUUCAUCCAAGAGCGGGGCUGGCUCAAGGAGCAAGGCAAGGAGGUGGGCGACACGGUUCUGUAUUACGGUUGCCGGCACGAGAAUGAGGACUACCUCUACAAGGACGAGCUGGCCAGGUUCCUCAAGGAAGGGGCUCUCACUCAGCUCAAUGUGGCUUUCUCUAGGGACCAACCUCAGAAGAUUUAUGUCCAGCACCUGUUGAAGAAAAACAAGGAGAAUGUUUGGAAGCUGAUUCAUGAAGGAAACGGGCACAUCUAUGUGUGUGGUGAUGCACGAAACAUGGCCCGGGACGUGCAGAACACCUUCUACGAGAUUGUGGCCGAAUAUGGGAAGAUGGACCAGCCGCAAGCUGUUGACUAUGUCAAGAAGCUGAUGACGAAGGGCCGCUACUCCUUGGAUGUCUGGAGUUAGAGGCCGCUGGCUGGGUAGAGGAGGGGGCUUCUCAGCGGGCUGGUGGGUGAGGGGUGCCAGCCCUCCUGCUCAGGGGGACCCUUGGCUUCUCUCCUUGCUAGCUCCUGUGCAUUCCACAUUGAGAGUGUACCGCAAGGCGACGUUGAUGAGAUGUGGCUUUCCAGGGGGAGGUUAGGACACAUCAGGCUCUCCCAAAUCGCCAGCCUGUCUCUUUCUCUCUCUACUGGGAGUUACUGCUGCUGAGAAGUCCUCUGGGGGGAUGUGCAGGGUUUUUUUAAACCUUCCCCCUUCUCUACACAUCAAACUCCCCCCUCCUCAUGAAUAAGAAAUUCCAUUCCUGGGCCAUCUUGCAGACAUCUUUGCGGCAGCGGGUUGGAUGUUAGCUGUGAAAGUGUGGCUAGAUGACCCUGACUAUCUCCUGGGAGCUUUGCUCCAGACAGACAGACACACCUUUUGGUUAGCCUGUUAGGCGGCCUUUUCAUCCUUUCCCAAACUGCUCUGGAGGACGCUGUGAUUUCAGGGGCGGGAGGGGUUCUGUGUCUGUUGCAGCCACAGAGGUGGCCUUGCUUUGAAUAUUUAAGCGGUCAGUGGCCUGUGCUGUUGGGGACCUCAGAACAGGAUGAGGGUGGGUGGAAACGGUUAAGGACCCUUGCAGGAGGCCAGGUGUGGGGAAUCAAGUUGCAAAGGCUUGCAGGUGCAGGCAGCCGUUGGACUGGAGGGGUCUUCAGCAUCUUGCUGAAGGGGUGAGCUUCUUGCCCCGGCACAAGCGUGGAAACCUUCUACAGCUCAGUGCAAGUGGGUCGAAGGGGGUGGUGUAUUUGGGCAGACCCCUCUCUUCCUCUCCGGGCCUGGCUGUGGGCGGUCCUGAUCCUGCCGGUGGUGUUGUGUGCUGGGUCGAUUUCUGAAACAACUCUUGGAGAACGGCAUUCCCUACUGACCCACCAAACCUGUUGGAUGUGAUCCUUCCUCCUCCGCUGUGCUUCUGGGCAGCUGAGGAGGGCGACAACUUGCCAGGGCGAUGAUGCACCUCAGUCCAGGCUGGCGGAGAGCAUAUGCCUGCCCGGAACCCGCUUUCGUUAGUGUCAUUUUCUCCGUUCUCCAGUUCCCAGCCUUCCCGCCACCCUGGUCCCUUGCAGGGGUGCCUGCCGUGGAAGUAGUGGGCCGGGGCCAAGCCCAGUUGUGGUAUUUCCCAGUCCUGAUGUUGCUCUUCUCCACAGCCAGCUGCCUCCCCCAGCCCCAUGCCAGUGCGGUCCACAUUGAUGUUACCACCGCCCACCUGAGGGCACGUGUCUUGGUUGAGAGUCGGCCAAGCAGAUUGUCCACUGAAUGUGCAUAAUUCUAAGGAGACUUUCUCUUGGAAUAAAGCAAGCCCUGAUUCUUUU